GUGAAGGAUCUUUACGAUAUGUAAUUUGAGGAGCAUGCGAGAACUAAUCGGAGCUUUCCACCUGAUUCGCUAAGACAGCGAGCAGCCAUGGCUUCAGUUUAUUCACCCUCCACGUGGACCAAAGUUGCCGCGGUUUCAGGUGCAGCGGCGGUGGGUCUAGGCGCGUACGGAGCGCACGCGUUCAAACCGGAAAACCCCGUCUAUAAGGAGGUGUGGCGGACAGGGAAUCUCUACCACCUCGUGCACUCGGCUGCUCUCCUUGCGUCUCCUCUAGUCAAGCGACCCGACCUCUAUGGCAGCCUUCUCACCUUUGGGAUCGUUGCUUUCUCUGGCAGCUGUUACCUGUCAGCAGCAUUUGAGAACAGGGCUCUGGGUGUUGGGGCCCCCUUUGGGGGAUUCGCUUUCAUUGGAGCCUGGCUUUCGGCAGCCUUUUGAUUGGCCCUCUUCCGCCUCGAAUUUGGCUCGCUGAUAAUGUAUUCAGUGUUUGUGUGUAACUUGUGUACGUACAGAGUUACAUGCUGUAAAUAUGCCAUGAAAUAAAUGCU